AUGGAUAUCACCAAUUUUAUCGUCUCUCAGCGUGAAAAGGCACUUCUAGUUGGUGAUUAUGCAUCCUACAGGAAACAGCUUUCUCGACGCUUGCUUGUUGUACGGAAGAAGCUCCACUAUACCUCGACCAAAGGCAAAAAGUAUGCGGCAAGACCUGCGGUCACGGCCGAAGAUAUAGCUGGGAAUCAUGAAUUUAUAUACUUGCUCCUGCUUACUUCAGAGCGAGCAUGGGCCCUAGCGAUGCAAAUAAAGUCAACGCAUUCUGCAGAAUCCGGAGCUCAUGGUAGUACCGGAUCAACGAAGUCUCACAUGCACUCUCGCCUACACAAAGCUAGUACCUAUGCUGGACAGCUUGUGAAGUUGCUUAAAAAUAAACAAGUUACGAAGGCUACUUCGGAGGCCCUACUCGAAGCACGAGCGUACUACGUCUCACUGCGGGGAGCCAUUGAAUUCGAGAAGCACCGCUGGGAGGACUGCCUGCGUGAGUAUUCGGAGGCUCGUUUCAUUUAUACCACGCUUGCGCAAAGUGGAGGCCCAAAACAGGAGGAUCUUUUCCGGGAUCUCUUGAACACCACAGUUGACCCUAGCAUACGAUAUGCCGCCUACCAAUUGAAAUUGCCCCGUACCACAUCGAUCGAUACCAUCAUCUCACGCUAUGUUCCCGAAGACAGCCCGUUUGUCCGAGAGAUCUUGAAAGACCACCCAGAUGCAUUGGAUGACCCAGCCACUGCCCAAAGGAAGACGCCCAGCGGUAACGCUGAAAAUGUACCAAAGACAAUCCAAUGGCGAUCACGCCUCGUGAAUCUCGAAGACGCAGCCACUGCUGAGGCUUUGGCAGCGGUCUCCAAUGCGGAAUCCAAGCUCUCCGCGUUCUUGACAGCUAACCCAGAUGCGGCACCUCAAGGUAAAGCAGCCGCUUACGAUGAAGUCCUCAUACCCAGUCAAGACGCAGUUGACGCCACGAAGACUGCUCUUGACGAGUUGUCUGCCGAAGGUAUUUCCCAAGGAGAUCGACGCAUGCAGGCGUUGCAAAUCACUAGGACCGCAGUCAAUUACGCAUUGGUGGAGUGGCGAAUUGGUAGGAAUCGAAUACUUUGUGGCAGACAAGACGGGGCGUUGCUUGAACCAGAGAUAUAUAGAAACUCUCGAAAAGACGGCAAGACGACUGUAAUCCAAGAAGAAAGCACCGGACGGAAACUCACCAGGCUGCGAGAAAGAGUUGUACUUUACGACUCCACACUACAGAGCUUAGACUCCGUCAAAGAGCUACCCGGUGUAGCAGCAGACCAAAAGUUCGUCGAGGAACUCGAACCCAAAAGGGCAUAUUUUGCAGCAUUAAGAUGCCUCGCUAUCGCUCGCUCUUACGCCCUGCUAUCGGAAACGAAGAACGCACUCGCCCUGCUGUCACGUGCUCUCGAUUUAUCUAGUCGAGCGUCUCUUCACCCCUCUAGCACCCAACGAUCGGAUGCAAAGCCUCCAAAACUCGACAUCACCCCAACACAAGCCUCCGAUCUUCACUCACUCCUCCAAAGUCUCGUAUCCCAGCACCGCGCCCUGGUCGAACUUCACAAUAUCCACUCCGUAUCUUUCAACAAAAACAUUAACCCCGUACCACCGCUGAUAGAGCGAUUGUACGAAUAUCCUCUAAAUGACGUCGACCUCACAAAAUUGGUCACUUACCCGCCUAAGGUGGAGCCGAUACCUGUUAAGCCGCUAUUCCUGGACGUAGCGUUCAAUUACAUCGAGUAUCCAGGGCGGACUCAAAAGAUCAACGAAAAAGCGGUCAACGGGGUUGCCGAGGGAGCGAAAGGCGGAGAAGAGAAGAAGAAGGGGUGGUUCGGAUUUGGUCGAUGA